AUGAACGGCGACGGGUUCAACGUCCUCGUUGUUGGUGCCGGUGGCAUUGGUUGUGAACUUCUGAAAAAUCUGGUGUACAGUGGAUUUAAAAGAAUAUCUAUAGUUGAUUUGGAUACGAUUGAUGUUAGUAAUUUGAAUCGCCAGUUCCUUUUUAGAAAGGAACACGUAGGAAAGUCUAAAGCGGAGGUUGCCGCCAAAAGUAUCAGGGGUUUUAGAGAUGAUGUCGACCUGAAGACCUAUCAUGCGAGCAUUUUCAGUUCGCAAUUCAGUCCCGAAUUCUUCGAGGAAUUCGACAUUGUCUUCAAUGCACUCGACAAUCAAGCUGCAAGGCGUCACGUUAACAGGAUGUGCGUUAACAUCGGAAAAGCCAUAAUUGAAUCCGGCACGUCCGGCUACCUCGGUCAAGUUGAACCUCUAUUGUUCAAAGGAGCUAAACAUGAAAACGGGGAUUGCUGUAAUGCAUCAAAAGGCCGAGCUUCCUGCUUUGAAUGUCAGCCAGUCGAAAACGAUCGGAGGUCUUACCCAACCUGUACCAUAAGAAACACGCCAUCUGAACCUAUUCACUGUGUUGUUUGGGCAAAGUUUCUUUUUAAUCAGUUAUUUGGGACACCAGAUAUUGAUGAUGAAGAUGUUUCGCCGGACAUGGAGGACCCCGAGAAUACAAAUUCCCAAGAUGACACAGAAAAGCAAGUCAAGCCAAAAUCCUCAAAUCUGCCUCUCUGGGACCGCGUCAAACUAGAGAAGUUAGCCUCACAAAGCAUGGAGGAAUCUCUUGCUUGGCGACUUUUCCACACAGACGUGUUAACUCUGACAAGCAUGCGAAGUCUCUGGGAAAAUAGACCGGAGCGCAAGGAGCCCGACCCCCUGGAUAUUGACACCCUCACUGCAGCACGCACAGAUCCCGGUGAGAAAUUUGUUUUUUUACGAAUUUUGGGCGAUUCUAGCCAAUAA